CUCCCGUCUUUCAUGCACGGUAUGCGCGUCCGUGCAAGCCACGUACUUCGUUGACCACCUGCGAUAUCCGAACAACCUGCGACGCCUCACAAACACUUACGACGGUUCUGACUGACGCCUCUAUCCUCUGCUCACUUUGGCUUUCGUGGCAUUCAGCCGGUGGCUGGUAUUUGUGGCAACCUACAGUGACCUUGGCCCGCCCGUUCAACAUAACUCUGAAGCAAUCUACAAUAUCAGGACGCCAACAUGGACUCCGCUACUCAAGAGCUGAAGCCUAUGACCGCCGAGGACAUACCGAGCCUGGCUAACUUCUACUGGACAGUAGCCAUUUGCUGGUUCCUUUAUCUGACCUUUCGGCGAGGGGAUCCUUACCUGGCAGCCUUGCCCACUGUGGGCUACUCAUGGUUUCCGCUGUCAUACAUCAGCGCCUUCCGCUUUCUCGUCGACGCCGACUCCAUGGUCAAGGAGGGCUGCUCGCUGUAUAAUGAUAAGCCAUUCAAGAUAGCCAACCUCAAUCGAUGGAUCGUGGUCGUUAGUGGCAACUCGCUCAUCGAGGAACUUCGACGUGGCGCUGGGGACGUUCUAUCGUUUUCGCAAGCCUCUGAAGAGCUGGCCCAAGUCAGCCACGUAUUUGGCGAGAGUAUCGCCAGGAACCCAUAUCACGUCCAAGUCCUGCAAACACAGCUAACACGCAACCUGCACUCUGUUUGUGGCGAAAUGCGAGACGAAAUGGUAGCUGCUUUCAAUGAUUUGAUAGCUCCGUCGGACCACGAAUGGAACACCAUCCCCGCUCUGGCGAGCAUGACGGAAGUCGUCUGUCGAGUCACCAGUCGAGCCUUCGUCGGAUUGCCCUUGUGUCGCGAUCCCCAAUAUGUCGCUCUUUGCACCGGCUUCGCUAGGCAGGCGGUCAGGGCUAUCAUUAUUCUUAGCAUCACCCCGCCCUUCCUUAGACCGCUUACUGCGCGCAUCAUCUGGCAUCUGCAGGGCACCGUCACUCGGAUCGAGAACUAUCUGAGGCCGCUGGCUCGCGAGCGAUCUGAAAGAGGACGCGACAGUAUGACGAUGAAGGAAUUCAACGACCUGAUCAUGUGGCUCAUGAAGGAAUACAGCGGCGGCGAGAAGGACAAGUUGCACGACCUUGCUCUCAGGCUCAUCGCUUCCAAUUUCGCCGCGAUCCACACGACUUCGAUGGCCUUCACGCACGCUCUGUACGAUCUUGCGGCAAACCCCGAGUAUGCAAAAUACUUGCGAAUGGAGAUCCAGGAAAUGAUCCCGAGAGGUGGUUGGUGCAAAGAUACCAUAGAUGGAAUGCACCUUCAUGAUAGCUUCCUGCGCGAGACCAUGCGUAUGCACGCCUUGCGACAGCUUCCAGUGAGCAUCAUGCGCAAGACCCUCCAACCCUUUACCUUCGAGAGCGCAGCCGGCGGUCCAGUCACCAUCCCCGCCGGGGUCCUCGUCUUCGCUGCCACCCCCGCCGUCCACUUCGACCCCGCCGAAUACGGCGACAACGCGCACGAGUUCGAGCCCUUCCGCUUCGUCCCGACCUGGUUGAAGCGCUACUACGGCAUCCCCUACACUGUCCCUCCCGGCACGGUUGACACGACGGAGACGAUGGAGGAGAUCACUGACUCGCACGACGAGGGCAACAUCUUGAUCCCCACCUGGCCGCGCAACCAUUUGGUCAGCCCGUCGUCGAACUUUUUGGGAUGGGGCGGGGGGAAGCACCAGUGUCCGGGACGCUUCUUCGCAGCGGUGGAGAUGAAGAUGAUGCUGGCGUAUAUCGUGGGUCGGUUCGAUGUGCUCUUGGAGGCCCCGGAUGAGGAUGAGAAGCAGAAUGAGGAUAGGAAGAGGGCCAACGAUGAGAAGGCUGCUCAAAAAGAGGAGCCAGCCGGUACGGAAGGUGGCGGGGAGCCCAGUAGUGCGAAAGCCGGCGUGGUGAAUUGGGCUUCCCGUUCCAUGGCGUUUGAGAAUGAGGGUGGUGCUCUCAAGUCGGGCCCUCGACCAGAGGAUUCGCGGGUGGAGGCCAAUUGCUUCCCGAAUCCUUGGGCGAAAGUUCGUAUUCGACGGCGUGAGCAGUCGAUACCACGAUGGGACCAAGUGAAGGGUUUGUACGAGUUCACAGCGCCGUAGCAAGUGAUAUUACCGACCUUUCUUGAGGCUUUCGACAGGCCCUUUACGCGUUGAAUGACCGCCACCGAAGAGUGCAACACAUGCAGAUUAUAUAGCAUAGACGACGAGAACAUGUAUGAUUUUCUUGGGUGUACGGUAUAGCGGUCAA